GAAAGAGGAGUCAGGGGCUAGACCAUGACAAUUAACCCCAGACAGUUGUGUGUGAAGCUGUGUAAUAUCCGAAACUCACAAGAACACAAUUGUUGUCUUUAGUAAUUUGUCGCAGACUGGUACAGCAUUUUUCCAUGGAGAGGAAGAGUCAGAUUUCUGGUUCAAACAAGAUAUACACUUUUGGUAGCAGUGGAUUAAGUGAAUCUCUGCGUAUAAGAUAGACCACAUGAUCUCUUUCCCCCUGUGGAUGAAAGAUCAUCGAGCAGGUGGAUAGACUGGGGUGAUCGGACCUUUGGGUCCAUAUCUGUGGCGUUGUUUGAUGUCUUUUUCCUUUAUUGAACAGUAGCUCCUCAGCUAAGACUUGGUCACUAAGGUCAACAACACAUUAACAUAUUUCCAGAAUGCUAUAGUGUUAAGCUUUUGAAAUUUUAUUUCUACGCUCAAAAAUGGAUGGAGGCCCUUUUCUCCAUCCAGUACAACAUCCGCUCAUUUAUGAAUGUCAAAACCUGGCCAUGGAUGAAGCUGUACUUCAAGAUUAAGCCUCUGCUGAAGAGUGCAGAGACUGAGAAAGAGAUGGCCCAAAUGAAGGAGGACUUUGAAAAGACCAAAGAGGAGCUAGCAAAGGCUCUGGCCAAGAAGAAAGACCUGGAGGAAAAGAUGGUUUCUCUCCUGCAGGAGAAGAAUGAUCUCUUGUUGCAAGUGCAGUCUGAGUCUGAAAACAUUGCUGAUGCUGAGGAAAGGUGUGAGGGGCUCAUUAAAGCAAAAAUACAGCUUGAGGCCAAACUCAAAGAGACAACUGAGAGGCUGGAGGAUGAGGAGGAAAUCAAUGCUGAGCUGACUGCAAAGAAGAGGAAGCUGGAGGACGAGUGCUCUGAGUUGAAGAAAGACAUUGAUGACUUGGAGCUCACCCUGGCGAAGGUGGAAAAGGAGAAACAUGCCACUGAGAACAAGGUUAAAAACCUGGUUGAGGAAAUGGCUUCUCAAGAUGAGGCCAUUGCCAAGUUGACCAAAGAGAAGAAAGCCCUCCAAGAGGCCCAUCAGCAGACCCUUGAUGAUCUGCAGGCAGAGGAAGACAAAGUCAACACUCUGACAAAGGCCAAGACCAAGCUGGAGCAGCAAGUGGACGAUCUUGAAGGUUCCCUGGAACAAGAAAAGAAGCUUCGUAUGGAUCUUGAGCGAGCGAAAAGGAAGCUCGAAGGAGAUCUGAAACUGGCCCAGGAAUCCAUCAUGGAUCUGGAGAAUGACAAACAGCAGUCUGAGGAGAAAAUAAAGAAGAGGGACUUUGAGAUGAGCCAGCUUCUCGGCAAGAUUGAAGAUGAACAGGGACUUAGUGCUCAGCUUCAAAAGAAAAUCAAGGAACUGCAGGCUCGUAUUGAGGAGCUAGAAGAGGAGAUUGAGGCUGAGAGGGCUGCUCGGGCCAGGGUGGAGAAGCAGAGGGCUGAUCUCUCCAGGGAACUUGAGGAGAUCAGCGAGAGGCUCGAAGAAGCCGGCGGCGCAACUGCUAUUCAGAUUGAGAUGAGCAAGAAGCGUGAGGCUGAGUUUCAGAAGCUGCGUCGUGAUCUCGAAGAAUCCACCCUGCAGCAUGAGGCCACCGCUGCAGCUCUGCGCAAGAAGCAGGCUGACACUGUGGCAGAGCUGGGAGAACAGAUUGAUAACCUCCAGAGAGUCAAACAGAAGCUGGAGAAGGAGAAAAGUGAAUUCAAGAUGGAGAUUGAUGACCUCACGAGCAAUAUGGAGUCUGUCGCCAAAUCAAAAGGUAACCUGGAGAAAAUGUGCCGUUCUCUUGAGGAUCACCUAAGUGAAAUAAAGACCAAGAAUGAUGAACAUGUGCGUCAGUUAAAUGAAAUGAAUGUUCAAAGAUCAAGACUAAUAACUGAAAAUGGGGAAUUUGGUCGUCAGCUGGAGGAAAAGGAGUCUCUUGUUUCACAGCUUACAAGGGGCAAACAGGGUUAUGUUCAUCAGAUUGAGGAGCUCAAAAGGCACCUUGAUGAAGAAGUCAAGGCCAAGAACGCCCUGGCUCAUGCUGUUCAGUCAGCUCGUCAUGACUGCGACCUGCUCAGGGAGCAGUAUGAGGAGGAGCAGGAGGCCAAGGCUGAGCUGCAGCGUGCAAUGUCCAAGGCCAACAGCGAGGUGGCUCAGUGGAGAACCAAAUACGAGACUGAUGCCAUUCAGCGCACUGAGGAGCUGGAGGAGGCAAAGAAAAAGCUUGCCCAGCGUCUUCAGGAUGCAGAGGAAACCAUUGAGGCUGUGAAUGCAAAAUGUGCCUCUCUGGAAAAAACAAAACAGAGACUGCACGGUGAGGUGGAGGACCUGAUGGUCGAUGUGGAGAGAGCUAAUGCUCUGGCUGCUAACCUCGACAAGAAGCAAAGGAACUUUGACAAGGUUCUGGCAGAGUGGAAACAGAAGUAUGAAGAAAGCCAGGCGGAGCUGGAGGGAGCACAGAAGGAGGCUCGGUCAUUAAGUACAGAGAUAUUCAAGCUGAAAAACUCCUAUGAAGAAGCUCUGGACCACCUGGAAACCUUGAAGAGGGAGAACAAGAACCUGCAACAGGAAAUCAGUGAUUUGACUGAACAUAUUGGUGAAACUGGAAAGACAAUCCAUGAACUGGAAAAGGGGAAAAAGACUGCAGAGAAUGAGAAAGCAGAAAUCCAAACUGCCCUAGAGGAGGCAGAGGCUACACUGGAGCACGAAGAAUCAAAGAUCAUGCGUAUCCAGCUGGAGCUCACCCAGGUGAAAAAUGAAAUUGACAGGAAAAUUGCAGAGAAGGACGAGGAGAUUGAGCAUAUCAAGAGGAACAGCCAGAGAAUAAUCGAGACCAUGCAGACCACACUGGAUGCUGAGGUCAGAAGCAGGAAUGAUGCCCUGAGAAUCAAGAAGAAGAUGGAGGGAGACCUCAAUGAGAUGGAGGUUCAGCUGAGCCAUGCCAACCGCCAGGCAGCUGAAGCCCAGAAACAGCUGAGAAACGUACAAGGACAGCUUAAGGAUGCACAACUGCAUCUUGAUGAAGCUCUCAGAAGUCAGGAAGACAUGAAGGAGCAGGUUGCCAUGGUGGAGCGCAGGAACAACUUGAUGCUGGCUGAGAUCGAGGAGCUGAGAGCUGCACUGGAGCAGACAGAGAGAAGCCGCAAAGUGGCUGAACAGGAGCUGGUUGAUGUCAGCGAGCGUGUGACACUACUGCACUCUCAGAAUACCAGCCUUAUCAACACCAAGAAGAAGCUGGAGGCUGACCUUGUCCACAUCCAAGGUGAAGUAGAAGAUUCUGUUCAGGAAGCAAGAAAUGCUGAAGAAAAGGCCAAGAAGGCCAUCACUGAUGCGGCCAUGAUGGCAGAAGAGUUGAAGAAGGAGCAGGACACCAGUUCUCAUUUGGAGAGGAUGAAGAAGAACCUGGAGGUGACGGUGAAGGACCUGCAGCACCGCCUGGAUGAAGCUGAGAAUCUGGCCAUGAAGGGCGGCAAGAAGCAGCUCCAGAAACUGGAGGCGAGGGUUCGAGAGCUAGAGACUGAAGUCGAGGUUGAGCAGAAGCGUGGAGCUGAAGCUGUGAAAGGCCUCCGUAAAUAUGAACGCAGAGUCAAGGAACUGACCUACCAGACGGAUGAAGACAAGAAGAACAUUGCUCGACUUCAGGAUCUGGUGGACAAGCUGCAGCUCAAAGUGAAAUCCUACAAGAGGCAGUCUGAGGAAGCUGAGGAGCAGGCCAACACUCACCUGUCCAGGUACAGAAAGGUUCAGCAUGAGAUGGAGGAGGCUCAGGAGCGAGCUGACAUCGCUGAGUCCCAGGUCAACAAGCUGAGGGUUAGGAGCCGGGAAAUCGUCAGGACAAAGGAGGCUGAAGAAUGAGCAUCAGUCUAGACGAGACACAGCACAAGAAAUCAUACAAUAUGAUCUUUUUGUCAAGUGUGUAACAAGAAAUAAACCUGCAAGCAAU